AUGAACAGGGUGGAGAUGCAGGAGGAGCUGAAAGCCCAAGGCGAGCCCGUCGAACCUGGCACCGUGAAUCAGCUGAAAUCUCAGCUGGUGACGGCUCGCAAGUCUGUGGAGACGCCCAUGGGCGCGGCUGAGGUCCAGGAGCCCUGCCGGACAAGGUGGAGACGCCCGUGGACGCGGCGCAGAAGCAGGACAAGGUGGAGACCGGACAAGGUGAAGACGCCCGUGGACGCGGCGCAGGAGCAGGACAAGGUGGAGACGUCCGUGGACGCGUCGGAGACGCAGAAGCAGGACAAGGUAGACGCCCGUGGACGCGGCGGGUGA